UGUUGGUCACAUGAUAUAUUCACCUGACUGUUCUCUGGUUAGGUUCGACACUAAAGAAAUUGUCGCUGCAGAAUAAAAUUAAUUUUGGGUUUAAAUAAAAUAUAAGAUUAUUUUACUUUAUCAGCCUUUUUUAAAAACCCCGAAAAAUGAAAAUCUGUGGUCCCAAGUUGUCCCUCUGCGGUCUGAUCAUCUCUGUUUGGGGCAUUGUCCAACUGGUUCUCAUGGGACUAUUUUUCUACAUCAAUAGCGUGGCUCUUAUUGAGGAUUUACCCCUAGAAGAAGAAUACCAUUCCUUGGAAGAUUUUUAUGCAGCUGCUAACAGAGCGUACAAUCAGAAUGCUUACAAUUGUUGGAUUGCAGCUUGCAUCUACGUGUUGACAUUGCUGCUCUCGGCACAACAAUUCUACAUGAAUAGCAGAGUAACUGCCAACUAAUAUUUUAAAAUGUAGCAUUCGCAACUAAACGUUGUCAGUGUGAGGAAAAAUGUACGUGUACAUACUUCUCCGUCUGCGCCCUCAAAUAAAUAGUAUUGAAAUGUUCAGUUAAA